AUGGAGGCGUCAGUCGCGCUCUUGCUCUGCCUCUCGCUUUUCCCAGGCUUUUCCCAGGGCAGAGUUGUCCGAGAGGAUGAAGCCGGUUUUGCCGAGUGCAACGUGUUCUUCCCUGGACGGGUCCCGCCAGAAGGAUUUACGGAGCCCUUCCACGUCAAAGUCUGCCAGCAGUACAACAAAGAGCCGCGCUUUGCAACCCUCUACAGUACUAAGGACAAAAUUCCUCUUUACUCGGCUUUCAAGUAUACAAAGGCAGCCCAAAAUGAGGAGGAGAACUGGCUGGUCGAACCGCAGAUAGAUGACCCAGGAAAUGCCCAGCAUGAGAUGGUGCAUGAGGCUGAGGUCGUUGGCACCGUGGCCAACCUCGGUGCGAAUCAAGCCCUGGCCUCAGACUACGUGAGCUCUGGCUAUGAGAGAGGGCUGCUCAAUCCCAGCUUGCUCAAUGAAGAUGAUUUCCAGGUCGCCACCUACACGCUGACAAACGCCGUCCCUCUGAGCCCAUCUAUGAGCAAAAGCUGGCACAGAGACAUCAGGAGGGUAGUGGAGCUAGCUCUGGUCCCUCACUGCUCCAAGAAGGAUCACCUCUAUCUCCUUGCAGGAGCUGUUCCUUCCAGCGUCCGAGUCAAAGGCAAGAUAUCAGUGCCAGAGACCCUCUGGCUGGCAGCCUGCUGUGAUGCUCCAGAAGGGUGGUCCCUGGGACUGGUGAAAAAAAUAAAUGAUGAAAACAGCUUGGCAGACCUGACAGUGGGACAGCUGGAGAGGCAGGUUCUAUCAGGAGUUCACUUGUUCAAAGGCAACUGUGGGGAAGACAACCAAAGCCAGGAGAAAACAGAAGCAAUCCUGCAAGUUAUUAGUCAGAUCCGCUCUGGAGAGCAAGUAGGAACAAGUGACAAACAGGAGGCCACAGACAGUGGCUUGGUGAGAAAAUUAGCUGGCAUCAUUGCUACCCCUUUUGUCAAACUUCUGGAACUGCUCAUCUACAUAUUUGCAGAGCUGGUGAAGUUUGUGUUUUACUUUCUGUGGCUUGUUACCAAGCGGGCCGUGGGUACUGUUCUGGAUGGAGUCUGCAGCCUGUGGAGCGGCGUGGUGUCCUACCUUAAAGCCAUCAGCAUGGUGCUCAUCAGCAUCCCCUAUGACGUGGGGAGGGUCAUCGUCAACAUCUUCCUGGGCUUCCUGCAAAUCGUCCAAGAUGUGGCGUCCCUCACCUACAGGAUCCUGUGCAUCCCCCUGGGCUUUGCCCUUCACCUGGCUGCGUUCCCGUACCACUCCCUCUGUGCCAUUCCCUCCGUCCUCAGCGACGUGGCCGCGGGGAUCGGGGGCACCUUCUCCCUGCUCCUCGACGCCACAGCCACGGUCCUGCACGCCUUCUGGUACCUGGCUGGCCACCUAGUCAAGCGAUUCGUCCCGAAAGGCUCCUCCGAUGACUGA